AUGUUCAAUUCUCAGUGGUUCUUUGACCACUUCAGGGCGCCUUUUGAGAUAUCGUGUGAUAGAAAAACGUAGCACAACGCACGAUGAAGUUGAUAAUCCUCAUAGUCAUUGCAAGUGUGACGAGUGUUGUGGCCCAGGUGGUGGAUGUUGAACCACCACCGGAUGAAGCGGAUGAGCUGGAGCAGCAAGAAAGUCGAGUAAAUUUGAGCGGUGUCUUACAGAAGCCCUAUCACACCUGGGGCGCUGAUCAUCGCGAAAAUGAGAAGUACUUUGACUAUCUCUUUGGGAAAAAAUUCAGAAUCAUCACAAGUCCGGCCUACAAGACAUCUGCGGGACCUAAUCAAAUACCUUCGGGAGAUAAGGAGCCAACCCCUGCAGCCGCAAUUAGAGACGCCCCUGAAGUAACAACGAAAUCUUACAAUCCACGAAGUGGAGAGGACAACAAUUAUGGGUACAGGCCUGACAGUGAAUAUCCCCCUGCUCAAUGGGUCCAGAAAUGGCCUGAAUGCGGCGGAACACGUCAGAGCCCCAUCAAUUUAGUACUAAAUACCUGCGAAAAGGACUAUGGACCUCCUCUGCAGUCGAUUUUCUUCAAGAAACACCCACAUACAACAAUGAUCCGCAAUUUGGGUCAUACGGUUCAGUACUCCUUCGAAUACACCGGUACUCCACCCAUUCUGACCGGCGCCUUCCUGGACGCGGAGUACCUCUUUACUCAACUACAUUUCCACUUUGGCACCAACGACUAUACGGGAUCCGAACAUUCCAUCAAUUCCGUGACAUAUCCAAUGGAAAUGCACUUGGUGUUUUAUAAUUCAAUUUAUAAUGACACACAAGAAGCUUCCGAGCAUCCUGAUGGUCUACUUGUACUUGGACUCUUUUUCCAAGUUCUGGAAAAGACACCCAACCAGAGAUUUGCCCUCUAUCUGAGCGAUGUGCCCACCGAUGGGACUGAGAUCAAAAUACAAAAUCCCCGAAGUCAUCGUCUCUUUGACUUUGUGGGCUCUAUGGAUUUCCACUAUGCCACCUACGAGGGUAGCCUUACUACACCACCCUGCUCAGAAGCAGUAACGUGGAUUGUUUCAGCACGUCCCAGACAAAUAAGUCGACACGAUUUGGAAACCUUCCGAUCAUUACAGGGCGUCGAGGGGCCAAUGAUGGGCAACAAUCGGCCACUGCAAAGCACAAAUGGACGUUCAUGUUUGUACCAUUGAUUUAAGUUUUAGUUAAGGAAUACCCACCAGAAUGUAUCUCAAUCUUUUGUAUCUGACUGAAAAUAAAUAAUUGCGCUAUCGUCAA